UCCCUCGCAGUAGCUAGCUAGCAGCAGCUUCGGGUCAUUUAUUGCAAGGUGCUGCUUGCUUCCAUUCCGAAUAAUUAACACACAUCAAACAAAUCCGCAGCCGGCCAUGGCUGACCUUGUGCUUGGCUUGGCCAAGUCGGCUGUGGAAGGGACGCUGAGCGCUGCCAAGUCAGCGAUCGAGGAGGAGGAGAAGCUCAAGAAGAGCAUGCAACGUGACCUGAUGCUUAUCUCGGAUGAGUUCGAGAUGAUGCAUUCUUUCCUCAACGUUGCCAGAGAGCGUGCCUCUGACCAAAUGGUGAGCACCUUGGUAAGGCAGGUGCGCAACAUGGCCCUAGAUGUGGAGGACUGCAUCGAGACGGUUGUCCUGAUGGAUAUUAAAUCCCACUGGUGGCGCCGCUUGCUCCCAUACUGCAUGGUUGCAAUGGUGCCGGCCACGGCCCUGGAUGACGCGGUGGCUUCUAUUGAGAUGCUCAAGUCCAGGGUCGAAGCCAUGGGUCAGAGGAACGAGCGCUACAUGCACAGCAUCGGUGUCCCCUCCAGCUCCAAGCCCUCUGACGACGAGACGGCUCGGCAGCAGGCUGUCGCCGAUGCAAAAGAAGUGGGGAUCCUUAUCGAGGCGAGGGAAGCCAAGAAGAGGGAUGGCAACCCAAGAGAUCUCGUCGAUUUUAUCAACAGGAUACACCCUGUCUUUCCACUUCAGGUGGUCUCAGUGUGGGGCACGGUAGGUGAUCUUGGGGUGGCAUCCAUCAUCAGGAAGACCUGCGACGACCCUGAAAUCAGACAGAAAUUCAAGUGCCGUGCUUGGGUGAAGCUGACGCAUCCUUUCAAUCCCCACGAGUUCAUCAGGGGCUUAAUGGCUCAAUUCUACACCAACUAUUGCCCGCGGCAAGGAGGUGCCAUAGAUUUGCUGAAGCGGACGGAUGAGAUGAUGGCGAUGGCAGGCGCACGACUCACCGAGGAGUUCGCGAAGCAAGUGAGCGACAACAGAUGCUUAGUCUUCCUGGAAGGAGUGUCCAGCACGGCUCACUGGGAGGCCGUCAGGGUAUGCCUACCUGACACCAACAAUGGUAGCUGCGUCUUCGUGCACACCCAGCAACUCGAGGUCGCGAGCUUGGUCGCUGGACAAUCACACCGAGUAUUGGAGCUGGAGCAGUUCUCAGCUGACCAUUCUGUUUGCGCCUUCUUCAACGAGAAGAAAAGCAACCGAAAAAUUCUCAUUGAACUGAUCGUCAACAAAAACGCUGGAAACACUCCGCGUCAAGUGAUCUCAUUGUGUGGAGAAGUGGGCGAUGUUGAAGUGGCACCCAUCAUCAACAAGACCUGCGAUGACGAGGCAUCCAUCAUCAACAAGACCUGCGAUGACGACCUACCAAUCUGUAAUAAUUUCAGGUAUCGUGCUUGGGUGAAGCUGAUGCAUCCCUUCAAUCAGGACGAGUUCGCCAGGAUCUUGCUGGCUCAGCUGUGCGCCAACUAUUGUCCACAACAUGGAAGCGCCGAAGAUUUUCUGAAACUGAAAGGUAUGAUGGUGGUUACCGAAGGCAUACUCAUCAGGGAGUUCAUGAAGCAACUGAUGAGCGACCAGAGAUACCUAGUCUUCCUAGAAGACGUGACCAGCAAGGAUGACUGGGAGGCCGUCAGGACAUACCUACCUGACAAGACCAAUGGUAGCUGCAUUGUCGUGCAUACUAAGCAGCAGGAUGUUGCAGGUUUUUGCGUUGGAGGAUCGCAUCGAUCGCUGGAGCUGGAUUCCUUCUCAACUGGCCAUCCUGUUUGUCUCUUCUUCAAUGAGAAUACGGAUGAGGAUGUGGAAAAGGCCAUCAAGAAGGAGGCUGCAAAGAAAUGGUUAGAGGAAUUUGAAAUCUUUGGCCGCCAGGCAGACAUAUGGUAUCUUAACGACAAUUAUCGAUCAGUGCGCCCCGUGUAUGGGAUUGCUGGGGUUGGCAAAUCAUAUAUUGUCAAGCACGUGUACUGCAAGCAAGUGAUUGCUGGAUCAUUUCAAAAGUAUGGAUGGGUGGAUGUAUCCCAUCCAUUCAAUGUAAGGGACUUCUCAUGGAGCUUACUCUUGGAUCUGCACUCGGGAUCCCUCCAACAUGGCAGCAUGCUGAGAAUCAAAGACCCAAUCCAGGACUGUCGCGAGCUUCUGCGUCAGCAUGAGUGUCUCAUCGUCAUUGACGGUCUUGGGUCCACGGAAGAGUGGGACUUAAUAAAAGCUGCCUUGGUCUUUGAACAUAAUAAAAGACACCGUAUUAUUGUCAUUACACAAGAGGAAAGUGUUGCCAAGUACUGUUCAAAAAAUAAUCGGUGGAACGUUGAAGGCCUGAAAAUUGAAGACGCCUAUGAUCUCUUCACGAAAAGGGCAUCUAAGAAUGAAUGGAGCAGCUGGCCAAGGGAGCCGAGCCCCGCGGAUAUUGACAAGGCAAAAGUUAUCCUAAACAAGUGCGGCGGACUACCUCAAGUGGUAGUUGCUGUAGGUGACUUUGUGGGCGACGGAUGGAGAUUACUGGACAGCGAUCACAAUUUGAUGUGGGUGUUGGAGACCCACCCGGCGCUCGGUACAUUAAGGGGCCUGUUUGACUGGGUGCGUUCCUACUUCCAUUCCUGCCCAGAUCGGCUCAAGCCAUGCAUCUUCUAUCUUUCCAUCUUCCCCGUGAACCAUAAAAUCCGGUGGAGUCGUUUGGUGCGGCGGUGGAUCGCGGAAGGCUACUCUAGGGAUACCAGAGAAAGCACGGCCAAGGAGAACGGGGCGGAAUCCUUUCUCAAGCUAUGCGAGCUGAGCAUGAUCCAUGUGCCAGGGUCGGCAAGCAUGCCCUACAUGAUGAGGCGGCGCUUGUGCCAAGUCAAUGGUUUCUUCCGUGAAUACAUCAUCUCACGGUCAAUGGAAGAGAACCUUGUGUUUGAAUUGAAGGAGCAUUGCAGAAUAAAUUCUCAGCACACAGGACGGCAUCUCACCAUCGGGAGCACCUGGGACAGGGACAAGAGUGUGUACCGGAGCAUCGACUUCACGCGCCUGAGGUCACUGACGGUUUUCGGUACCUGGGAGUCAUUCUUCAUAUCUGACAAGAUGAGGCUACUCCGGGUGUUGGAUCUGGAGGGCGCGACAUCGGUGACUGAUGGUGACGUCCAACUGAUGGUCAAGCUGUUGCCUCGUCUUAAGUUCCUCUCCCUAAGAGGACGCAGAGAGAUCACUCAUCUGCCAGAUUCCCUUGAUAGCCUGAGGCAGCUGCAGACACUGGAUAUCAGACACACCUCCGUUGCAACGCUUCCACUAAGCAUCACCAAGCUACAGAAGCUGCAGCACAUUUGUGCGGGCAACACUGUCCAGAUGGAUUAUGACACAGACACUGCUGAAAGCCUACCAUCAGCAGGAGCAGGCCGAGGAUCAGUGUCAUCCUCGACGACCAGGACCAGGCCGCGUGCUGUUGCUGCUCUUGUGUCUCGGCUCAGAUUGCAGGAGUUGUGCACAAGCCACCACCUGCGGCAUUCUGCCUCUCCCUGUGGUGGCGUUGAGGCACCUCGAGGAAUUGGGAAAAUGGUGGCCUUAAACAGUAUCAGUGUCAUCGACGUCAGUGUUGCCAGCGGGCAGGCAAUCCUGGAAGAGCUCAAGAACCUUACCCAAUUGCGCAAGCUUGGAGUGUGUGGCGUCAAAUGGGAAAACUGUCACAAGUUUUGUGCUGCCGUUUCGGGUCACCCACAUCUGGAAUCAUUGUCAGUCUGGCUCGACAAGAAUCAAGGUGGCUCCUUGGAUGCCAUCUCCCCUCCUCCAAAGCAACUACAGAGCCUUAAGCUAUGCGGACAUGUAGGCAAGUUGCCUGCAUGGAUCAAGCCGAUGUCCAACCUCAGAAAAUUAAAAUUACGACUGACCAUGAUAACCCAGUAUGAGGUCGAUCUCCUCAAGGAUUUGCCCAGCCUGAGUACUCUCUGUCUUUAUUUCAUGGACUUCCAAUACGGCGAGCUGCGGUUUAGGGGGUCCGGAUGUUUCUGUCAACUAUUGCUCCUUGAGAUUGGUUGCAACUGCAGGUUACAGUCUAUUACGUUCGAGUCACUCGUAAUGAGUGGGCUUGAGGUCCUGGAGAUUCACUGCAGUAAUGUGUCAUCCUUGAGGUUUUCUGGGCUAAAAGAGCUAUUCGACCUCAGGGAAGUCUCACUCAGUGGAUCCUAUGAUGACAAAGUGAAGCAACACUUGCAGCGCCAACUUCAUGAGCACCAGAGGGAAAUCAAGCCUGUUUUGAAAUUGAACUAGGUUCAUCCUGAUCGGCGCUAAGCCCGUGAUGGCCCUCCCUGUUGAAUAAUCCUUGUGCAUUCCUAGUUUGUUUCCAGCUUGGUUUAGUGUGUUGCUUGUAAUACGGAGUAGUAGCAGAUAAGUUCACGGCCAGUUUCUUUGGCUGUGUGCGGCUGGUACGGUACGGUGGCCAUGGCGUGCGUGUGUGAACGCUCCUGGCAGGGGCGGAGGUAUGCCAGGUAUGCGAUGCCCCGGCAGAAAAAUAUGUGCGCACACUUAUUCAUAAAUCAGUGCUAGGUCGAAUGGUUAGGCCAUAGCGCUUUAUGCUAA